AUGCAAGGCACCACGGCCGCAAGACCGCAACAGUGGCCUCGGUGCAGUGUGGUUCGCGUAAGAUACCAAUGCCACCAGUAUCCAUACAUCCACCAAAGUUUCGGUGCCAGGUGCCUGGCGCCAUCCCCGGUAGCUCCGCGGCCUUUGCUUGGAGUGCCUGCGCGGAUGGCAGCUGAGCAGGCCAGAGCACCAGCAGUUGGCCAGCCAAUGGUGCACAAGGUGCUACCUUCUGCUGCCCAGUGUUUCCCAAGCAGACCAGUCUUUGACCAGAGGCGAGGAGGUGUCUCGCAGCAGAUUGCUCAUGGACGCCGCGCGCCGAUGAGGCUUCCCGCUGCGCGCAAAGCCGGGCCAGCGGAGCUUCCCGCUCCCGGCGGGGCAGAUGCCGUCAAGAGAGUGCCGGAGACAUCAUCCGGCGAGACAAAGCAUAGUGCGCAGGAGCCAAGCACGCCAUCAACGACGUGCACAGACGAGGUAGCUGCCUCUGCACCUUCUCCACCACAAGCAACAGCCCCGAUCCCAGCCUGGGCAGAUGCCGAGGAGCCAAGCAUGCCAUCAGCGACGUGCACAGACGAGGCGACUCGUCUCUGGCCACCGCCAGCAGUGGCUCAGUACAUGGAGAGCAUGAAGCAGGAAGACAAGGAGCUCGAAAAGGCCGAUUCCGAGAUGCUUAGCGCAGCCCAGCAGAUCGAGGACGAUCACGUGGCCUCGGCAUGGGAGGGCAAGAAGGGCUGCUUUGGGUGGUUAUUUUCCACCCCUCCCCGGCCUGGCCCGCCACGCGCCGAUCACGUGUCAUGUGGGCUGCUGACCGUCCUGGAGCUCUUCAAGGAGGUAGAGAGGGACCAGAACAGCCACGGUGAUGCAAACUCCUGCCACGACGUGGAGAGCAGACCGCUUGAUCGAUCCAACAAGACCUGUGAGCCAUGGCUCGCCACGAGCGGUGGGACAGCGGCUGGUCCAGCUCGACCGGAAACUGGUGAAGCCUCGGACACCAGCUGGUCCCAAGUUCAGCUCUCCAAGCGAUGGGGCCACGACGAAGGCCGGUGGAGGGUUGAGGUUCCUGAUCCACUUUCCCGGUCUGGGGGCGGCGGUCCCAGCGUUGUUGUGCGUGUGGGCGGGUGUUCUGACAAGGCGAGUCAUGGCAGCAAAGACAGCAGCGCCACUUUGAAGGCCGCUUGA